GUGGAGAGAGCAUGCAAUCAUUCAGCAAGUGAUCUUGUAUGCUUCGCAUGGUACAUGCGCAUGGUACACCGAUCCCACGGUAUAAUUUGCCACUUAUCUCCUUUCUUUCCUUCCUUUUUUCUUUUAUCCUUUCUUUCCUUCCUUUUAUCUUUCUUGCUUUAGCCAACACCUCUCUCCUUUCUUUCCGGUCGUCUUCUCUGGCCAACUGCCGGCAAAGACAUAAUUUAUGUUGGAGCUCCGAUCGUGUUCUCCAGUCAUUGCAUCAACGCCGUCGACGGGAUGCCGCUGCCUGGUUGCCACUACCGCUGCCCCUUGGUUCAUCCUCCUGGGAACUUUGUCAACCUUUCUUCCCAACUUUCAAUCCCAUGAAAAGCCGAUCUAUUUUUGUAGUUUUAAUUUAUUUCUCUUAUUUUUGUUGUAUAUCCAUGGUUUGAUACUUGGACUGACAUGUCAAAAUCCAAAAACGAAAUUGAAGUAGAGAAACAUCGGUGCUUGGGGUUUGUCAGCUAAAGAGGGAGAGACCCCAAAAAUGAAACCAAAGGAAAUUAACGGGGAGGGAGCACUGGACGAAGACAUAGUGAAUGGGGAGGGUGAGGAACGAAGAAGAAAGAAAAAGAAAGGAAAAAUAAAAAGAAAAAAGAGAAAAAGCCAUGUGUCACCACGUGUCGCCACAUGUUUCCUUUUACCCGAUGACCGGUUGGUUACUUGGCAAAAAGUUGAAUUGAACAUUUUUUCUUAGUUCAGGUGUUUAAUUGGGUGUUUUUUGAAUUCAAGGGCUUAAUUGACAUUUUCAGUAUAGUACGAGGG